GCUGUCCUGGAGGUUGCGCUGGCCCCGGGUAAGACAGACUGGAGUCUUUAGCUGGAAAGAAGAGCAAAGAAAGAGCGUUUUGUGGAAAUAUUUACCCCACUGUGAAAGGAACUUGGUGCAGCGAUUCGCGAUGCCAAGAUGGCAAGCUUGCUCCCUCCCACAGGCACUGAUGUGUUCCGCCACUUCACCCCGGAGUCUCUGGCAGAGAUCGAAAGGCUCAUCCAGGAGAAGUUAAACAAGGAGGAGGCAGAGGGGGUUGUGGAGGAACCACAGGCACCGAGCAGUGACCUGCAGGCUGGGAAGAACCUGCCCAUGAUCUAUGGUGACCCACCAGGGGAUCUUCUCAACACCCCUCUAGAGGAUAUAGACCCUUUCUACAAAGCACAGAAAACUUUUAUUGUGAUAACCAAGGGAAACACAAUCUUCAGGUUCACUGCCGAACCAGCACUGUUUCUUAUCAGUCCUUUUAGUCUCGUCAGGAGAGGAGCCAUCAAAAUUCUUAUACAUUCAUGUUUUAGUAUGUUCAUCAUGAUUACCAUCCUCUCCAACUGUGUGUUCAUGACGAUGAGUAAUCCUCCGGCUUGGAGUAAAAUUGUUGAAUAUGUUUUUACUGGUAUAUAUACCUUUGAGGCAACAAUCAAAGUUUUGUCUCGAGGCUUCUGUGUUGGACCUUUCACAUUCCUCCGUGACUCAUGGAACUGGCUUGAUUUCAUGGUGAUCAGCAUGGCGUACAUCACAGAGUUUGUAGACCUUGGUAAUGUGUCAGCACUGAGGACAUUUCGUGUGCUCCGAGCUCUCAAAACAAUCACUGUUAUUCCUGGUUUAAAAACCAUCGUUGGGGCUCUGAUCCAGUCUGUCAAAAAGAUGGUGGACGUGAUGAUUCUGACCGUCUUUGCUCUGGCUGUUUUUGCCCUUAUUGGCCUGCAGUUAUUCAUGGGAAAUCUACGUCAUAAAUGCAUCCGUUGGCCGAUCCCCAACAGCACCAUCUUUGAUGACGGCAAAUCCACAAUGGUCAAUGACACCACCCUCAACAUCACAGAUACUUUCGAUUUCAAAGCUUACAUAGACAAUGAAGAAAACCAGUAUUUUCUGGAUGGAAGUUUAGAUGCUUUAUUAUGCGGUAACAGCUCUGAUUCUGGGAAGUGCCCUGAAGGAUACACGUGUAUGAAGGCUGGAAGGAAUCCAAACUAUGGCUACACCAACUAUGACAACUUUGGCUGGGCCUUUCUCGCCCUCUUCAGACUUAUGACUCAGGACUAUUGGGAGAAUCUCUUCCAGUUGACACUUCGUGCUGCUGGGAAGACAUAUAUGAUCUUCUUUGUGGUGGUAAUUUUCCUGGGAUCAUUCUACCUUAUUAAUCUGAUCUUGGCUGUGGUUGCCAUGGCAUAUGAUGAGCAGAAUGAGGCCACAUUGGCUGAGGCCUGUGAGAAAGAAGAGGAGUUUAAGAGAUUGCUCGAACAGCUUAGGAACAAAGAGCAAGAGGCAGGCAGUAAAGCAUCUUUUGCCAGCCAGACAACGCAAAGUCGAGGAUCAAACAGGACAGGUUCACUGCACAGUCUUGGAGGUGAUGACGUCAUACAGGACUGUAAAGACAGAUCAGUGCCUCGCCUCAUUGUCUACAGAGUCCCCUCCUAUGAAAGAGAGUUAUCAGCUGAAGAGGACCACAAGUCUUUGAGCUCCAAACACAGUAUGCAGUACCUGGACCAGCCCAAACUCUCCAAGAGAGCAGCCAGUGCUAUCAGUGUGCUCACUGCAAUUAUGGAAGAGUUGGAAGAUGCCCAGAAGCCUUGUCCGCCAGGCUGGUAUAAGUUUGUGGACAUUUUCCUUAAAUGGGACUGCUGCGCUCCCUGGCUCCUCUUUAAGGAGUGGGUUCUUUUUGUAGUGAAGGACCCAUUUGUUGAUCUAGGUAUAACCAUCUGCAUUGUGCUCAACACACUGUUCAUGGCCAUGGAGCACUACCCCAUGAGUACGGAUUUUGAACAUGUUCUGUCAGUGGGCAACUUGGUAUUUACAGGAAUCUUCACGGCUGAAAUGGUAUUCAAGCUAAUUGCUAUGGACCCAUACUACUAUUUCCAGGUGGGCUGGAACAUAUUUGACAGCAUCAUUGUCAGUCUUAGUCUGGUAGAGUUGGGACUGGCCAAUGUCCAGGGCUUGUCUGUUCUCAGGUCCUUCCGUUUGCUACGAGUCUUCAAACUGGCUAAAUCUUGGCCCACCCUGAACAUAUUGAUCAAGAUCAUUGGCAACUCAGUAGGUGCUCUAGGGAACCUGACGCUUGUCCUGGCCAUCAUCGUCUUCAUUUUCGCUGUUGUGGGCAUGCAGCUUUUUGGCAAGAGCUACAAGGACUGUGUGUGUAAGAUAUCUGAAGACUGUGAGCUGCCUCGCUGGCACAUGAAUGACUUCUUCCACUCCUUCCUCAUUGUCUUUCGUAUCCUGUGUGGAGAGUGGAUCGAGACCAUGUGGGAUUGCAUGGAGGUGGCGGGAGCUGGCAUGUGUUUGGUGGUCUUCAUGAUGGUCAUGGUCAUUGGUAACUUGGUGGUGCUAAAUCUGUUCCUGGCCCUGCUGCUCAGUUCCUUCAGUGGGGAUAACCUGUCUGGAGGUGAUGACGACGGUGAGAUGAACAACCUGCAGAUCGCCAUUGGCCGCAUCACCAGGGGUAUAGAUUGGCUCAAAGCCUUUGUUGCCAGUUUGUUGCGACAGAUUAUUGGAAAGAAACCUCCUGAAGACAAUGAGGGAGGAGGGGAAGGGGCCAUAGGACUGUACUCUUUAAACCACCUGGAUGGGGGGAAAAUAGCUGAUGGCUCCUCCAACUGUUUAACCCUGAAUGUACCUAUUGCUCGUUGUGAGUCUGAUAUUGAAGAUGAGGAAUUAGAUGAAUCUUCUGAUGAAGAGGAGAAAGAGGACGCUCUGAAUAAUGACGACUCCUCACUUUGUAGCACAGUGGACUACAUGCCUCCAGAACCUGAGCCUGAGCCAGAGGAGGAAGAGGAACCAGAACCUGAAGAGCCAGAGUCCUGUUUUACAGAAGGUUGUGUUAGGCGAUGUCCACGUUUGAAUGUAGAUAUCACCAAAGAAUGGGGGAAAAUGUGGUGGAACCUUCGAAGAACAUGCUUCACCAUUGUUGAGCAUGACUACUUUGAGACCUUCAUCAUUUUUAUGAUCCUCCUUAGCAGUGGAGCACUGGCUUUUGAGGAUAUCAACAUAGAGCGCCGUAGAGUGAUCAAGAUCAUCCUGGAAUAUGCUGAUAAAGUCUUCACAUACAUUUUCAUACUGGAGAUGUUGCUGAAGUGGGUGGCAUAUGGUUUCAAGACCUAUUUUACCAAUGCGUGGUGCUGGCUAGACUUCCUAAUUGUGGAUGUGUCACUUGUCAGUUUAACAGCCAAUUUGUUGGGCUAUUCUGAGCUGGGAGCAAUCAAGUCUCUCAGAACGCUCAGGGCUCUUCGACCCCUUCGAGCCCUGGCAAGAUUUGAGGGAAUGAGGGUAGUGGUGAAUGCUCUGGUUGGUGCCAUCCCCUCUAUUUUUAAUGUGCUUUUGGUGUGUCUGAUAUUCUGGCUCAUCUUCAGCAUCAUGGGAGUUAAUCUGUUUGCUGGAAAGUUCUACCACUGCAUCAACACCACCACGGAGGAACGCUUCCCCAUGGAUGUGGUCAACAACAGGAGUGACUGCAUGACACUGAUGCACACCAAUGAGGCACGCUGGGUCAAUGUAAAGGUCAACUAUGACAACGUGGGACUCGGCUACGUCUCUCUACUGCAAAUUGCCACAUUUAAAGGCUGGAUGGAUAUCAUGUAUGCUGCUGUGGAUUCUAGAGAGGUGGAUGAGCAGCCAUCGUAUGAGAUCAACCUCUACAUGUAUCUAUAUUUUGUUAUUUUUAUAAUUUUUGGCUCCUUUUUCACGCUCAACCUCUUCAUUGGUGUCAUCAUUGACAACUUCAGUCAGCAAAAGUCCAAGUUUGGAGGAAAAGACAUCUUCAUGACAGCGGAGCAGAAGAAGUAUUACAAUGCCAUGAAGAAGCUGGGAUCCAAAAAACCUGCUAAACCUAUACCCCGGCCAUCAAAUAUGAUCCAGGGUGCAGUGUUUGACUUCAUAUCACAACAAUUCUUUGACAUCUUUAUCAUGGUGCUUAUCUGCCUCAAUAUGGUGACCAUGAUGGUAGAAACAGAUGACAAGAGUCCUGAGAAAGAGAAUAUCCUCUACCAGAUCAAUUUGGUCUUCAUUGUCAUCUUCACAGGGGAAUGCAUACUUAAGAUGUUUGCACUUAGACAUUACUUUUUCAUUAAUGGCUGGAACGUCUUUGAUUUUGUUGUGGUCAUCCUAUCUUUAGCAGGUCUAAUGAUAUCAGACAUCAUUGAGAAGUACUUUGUGUCUCCCACUUUGUUCCGUGUCAUCCGACUUGCAAGAAUUGGCCGCGUGCUGCGUCUCAUCAAAGGGGCAAAAGGCAUUAGGACGCUUUUGUUUGCCUUGAUGAUGUCACUUCCUGCCCUCUUCAACAUAGGACUGCUUCUAUUCCUCAUUAUGUUCAUCUUCUCCAUCUUUGGCAUGUCUAACUUUGCCUAUGUGAAAAAGCAGGCCGGCAUCGAUGACAUCUUCAACUUUGAAACAUUUGGUGGCAGUAUCAUAUGCCUGUUUGAGAUCACCACUUCAGCUGGCUGGGACGGGCUUCUUCUGCCUAUUCUGAAUAGUGGCCCUCCAGAUUGUGACCCUGACAUCGAGAACCCUGGUACAGACAUCAAGGGUAACUGUGGGAAUCCUGGCAUGGGCAUCCUGUUUUUCUGCAGUUACAUCAUCAUGUCCUUCCUAGUGGUCGUGAACAUGUACAUUGCCAUCAUUCUAGAGAACUUUAACGUUGCUCAAGAGGAGAGUGGAGACCCGCUUUGUGAGGAUGACUUCGACAUGUUCAACGAGACAUGGGAAAAGUAUGACGUCAAUGCAACGCAGUUCAUCGAAUACAGCCGUUUAUUUGAUUUUGUUGAUGCCUUGCAGGAGCCACUACGAAUUGCCAAGCCCAACCGCCUCAGACUGAUCGCCAUGGAUUUACCCAUUGUCACAGGUGACAAAAUCCACUGUCUGGAUAUUCUUUUGGCAGUUACUCGAGAGGUUCUGGGUGACACCAUCGAGAUGACUGCCAUGAAGGAGAGCAUUGAAGCAAAGUUCAUGAUGAAUAACCCCACAUCUUCCUCUUUUGAGCCAAUUACCACCACUCUCAAGAGGAAGGAGGAAGAGCGUGCAGCCAUUAUAAUUCAACGAACAUACCGUAGACAUCUACUCCAAAAUGCUAUCCACCAUGCCUGCUUCAUGUGUCGUUCGAAGAGGAAAGUUAGGAGUCAGGAGGAUGAAGAACCUCCUAAAUCCAAGGGGUUGAUUGCGAGGAAAAUGGAUGCCCUCUAUGGCAGCAAUCCAGAACUUGCCAUGACUCUUGAGGUGCAGACUAGGCCCAUGCCACCUAAUUUACAGCCUCCCAAACCUACCUCAGUCACACAGCAUAGGGCAUCAGUUACCUACCCUCGACCACAGGGACAGCUUAUAGUCCCAGUGGAGCUCACAAGACAGGUGAUCCUCCGAUCUCCACCCACAACAAUGCAUGACCUCUCCUGGUCAGAGAAAGCAGCACCUCGGGAGUCAACAGUAUAGCUGGUGAACAACAUCUGUGGAAAGUGGACUAAGGUAAUCCUUCGAUCAAGGGAUAUGAGGUGUUAAAUGGUGUAUUACCUGUACACACUGAACAUUACUGAUACUCCAUAAAACAUGAGCCAUGGCUGAAAGGAUUACUCAUAAUCAUAAGACAACUAAGGUGUGACAAGUUUGCAAUGCUAUUUCUUGGGAGUACUGUUUUUUUUUUUUCGACCUCUUUUAGUCUGGAUUUGUCUUCUUAUAUGUUCCCAAUUAGAAAUGUCCUAGGAGAUUCCUCAUUUAUUUUUAUUAAUUAUUUUGCCCUUAUGUGACAUAUCCACUACAGUAAAUUAAAACAAGGCAGUGACAUACAGUCUAUUCAAUAAGUUGUAAUGUCCAGACUGAUCACACAUCAAUGAAUUCGGCAACAAGAGGUCAAAAAUUCUGCUGCUGAAAUUGGUCUGUGUAAACCGAAAUUCAAAGCCAAUACCCCCAAUGGCAGAAGCUGGAAGUGUUGGUGAAAUGUCCACUUAGUGGCGCUUAAAGUGAGUUGUGUUGUGUUUUGGUAGUUUUGUAUUUUUAGUAAAUUAUGUAAUAGAGUCAAAAGGAAUGCAUAUUUUAUUAACCCUACCACCUAACCUAAACCCAACCCUAAACCUAACCGCCAAUGAAGUACAAAUGCAGUUUUAGAUCAAAAAUGCAACCUCCGAAUCAUGCUCAGCGUUGUUUGUGAACAUGAUUGCUUCGUGGUACCCACAGGACUAGAAUCCACAUCUUCAAGGUUGCACACUUUCAGUUACGCUAGAGGAAAAGGUGAACACUAAUCCAACAAUGUCUGAUGGGAGAUGGCACUUGUCAGCAUUUCGGCAGAAUGGGGUUGAUUUCAGGGUACAAGAACAUUCAAAAGCAGCAUGCUGAUUUCCUGUGUGAACGUGUUAUACUGUCUUUUUGUUUUGUUACUCACCUCAAUCUGGGUGUCGGAGGACAAGUCUCAAUUGCCUCCACUUCUGAGACAGUCAAUCCAUGCAUCUUAUCAUGUGGCUUGCUGUGCAUGGCACCAUGGAGACACACAGCAUGUGGAGGCUCAUGCUACUCUCCAGGAUCCACGCACAACUUACCACAUGCCCCACUGAGAGUGAGAACCACUUAAUCAUGACCACGAGGAGGUUCUCCAUGUCACUCUACCCUACCUAGCAACUGGGCCAAUUUGGUUGCUAAGGAGACCUGGCUGGAAUCACUCAGCACACCCUUGAUUCAAACUCAUGACUCCAGGGGUGGUGGUGUGUCAAUACUUGCUGAGCUACCCAGGCCCCAACGUGUUGUACUGUCUUAAGGUAAAAACAAUUUGUCCAUUGGAAAUUUUCUAGAAAGAUGUAUUUCCUAUCCCCCAAUGCAUUUGACUAUCCAAAACAGCCUUGAUUUUAUUUACAUUUGGCAGACGCUUUUAUCCAAAGCAACUUACAGUGCACUUAUUACAGGGACAAUCCCCCCGGAGCAACCUGGAAUUAAGGGCCUUGCUCAAGGGCCCAACAGUGGCAUCUUGGUAGUGCUGGGGCUUGAACCCCCAACCUUCUGGUCAGUAACCCUGAGCCUCAACCACUGAGCCACCACUGCCCACAUUUGUGUGAAAUAAAACAUAGCACCUUCUCUGACUUAGGUACAUACCUCGUAAUUUUAUAUAUGUGGUAAUUGUAUAUUUCUUUAAUACAUUAAAAUUAAACCAGAUAUAUUAUAACAUAUGACAUACAAAACUAAUAUAAUGCUGCAUAGAUAUCAAGAACAAGAACUCCUGGUACCGAUCAUCACUCUCACAAGUCUUCUCUGUCUAUCCUGAGACUUUCCCUUGCACUAUUUUUAAUCUCAGUUCAUGGCGUACCCGUUUACAGCAGUAAGGUUGAGACAAGUAGAGCAGAAAGUGAUCCAUUACAGUGGUGAAAAUAUAGUCACACUGUGCAGAAUGUGCAACUACGAAAGACAUACUUAAACAGUGCAGUUAUAGUACCCAGUGAAUUUGCUCUGUGGUUUAUUAUUAGCUGUAUAAUAGCAACAAUGUUUAUGCAUGUUUUAUGAAGAUGCACUUUAUGCACUGUGACUAAAUGUGCCUAUGGUCAGUUUUGCUGCAUCCACCUUUUUGUGUCCUUAAACAAUUAAACUCAGUAAAUAGCUCUAACUCUAAUGUAUAAAGCUGAUGAUUGCUUUUAAAAUCAGUGAAAAACACCUUGAAAGAUUUAUAUUUAAAUGCAUUGUACAGUAGUACUAAUGUUAGACCAGCAUCAAAACUGCACCAACCAGCAUAACUGAUCUAAGAAUAAAGUGUGGAAAUUUCACUACUUAUGAUGACUUUGUUGCAUGAUCAUGUAGUCCCAAACUACUUUAUCUCUUAUUCCCUUUUUUAAAAACAAAAACCUAAAAAGUUCAUUUUAGAUGCCUGCACGUAAUUCUUAAUUUAUAUGUAGCUUGUAAUUCAUAUAUGUUUGAGUCAGUUUGUGUUAGUACUCGAUUGUGAAACAAUGUUUACACCUUUCUUUGAAUUCCAUUCAUUUGAUAAAUUCUCAAAGAAAUUUGAAAUAUCAUUGUCAUUUUAAAACAGUUACUUAUACCGUGAAUACAUGCAAUUCAUAACUGACAAGAAGUUGUAUGUAUUAGACAUUGAUUUAAUGAAUGACAUAUUACUAAAUUUAGGAAGUUCUGAAGUCUUAAUGUGACUGCAAAUGUCUUAUUUAUUUAUAUAUAUUAAGCACUUUUGAAGUUUUAUAUUUACCUCUUGUAUAUUUCUUAGAUUUGGUAUCUCAUUACCAAAAAGCAUUAACAUGCUCAUAUGUUAACAUCUUAUGUCGUAUUUAUUCUGUGUGCAGCCUGCACUUUCGCUUUCAUAUUGAUAUUGUUGAUAUGCAAAUCAUUUUUUAUUGUUUACAUUUUUAUCAGAAAGAGAGACAUUUCAGUGAUUUAGGAUGUUUGCUCUCAUUGUAUAUACUGUAUACUGACUGUAUAUACAUAUUACACUGAGA